GGCAGCGUCGAACGACCGCAUACUUCCAGCAGAGGGACACACAAACAACAUUAAACAAACCCUCACGGAGCUUGAAAUCAUCAUUUUGUCGUUCCACUUACAGACACAUAGACAAAAGCACAACCAUCAUGUCGAUGUCAACGGCGCAGGCGAGGGCAGCUCUUCAAGAGGUGAUGCAAUACGCGGAGGAGGGCAUCCACUACGAUGACGACGGGGAGUUUGAACUACUCACGGAGAGAGUGCCGAGUUACUUCGAUGUCAGAGUGAACAUUCGUGCAAGCAUCGCUGCGAACGGAGAGGAGUCGCUCAGAGCACGGAUGCUAUUGGCACGGUUCACUGAGGCACACGAUUUGCGUGUAGACAACAAUGCUGAUACCAGUGCAUACAGUUUGAGAAAAGUGGUUGGUUGGAUGUGCACAGAAGGGAUGUCCGAUGAAGGCGACGUGGAUAUGAUAAAGCAGCAGAAGGGGGGAACAUACAUGCCAACGGAUUUCAAGCAGACGGUGAUGACACAGGCGAAGAAAUGGGGAAUGCUUGUUGAAGAUUCUAAGGACGAGAUGAAGAGCGAGCAAGCACUGGCGGGCAAGGACCUCAUUAACUACAGGGUUCGGAGUGUGGACGAGGAUGUCGUAUGUGGUACUCCAUUGUGGGAUGAAAUAUUUAUGGCAACUUUGCAUCGCCUCAGCAUUGCGACUUUUGACGUGGACAGAAAUAGGUCAAGGGAAGAACGAUGGAAGUUGGUGGCCAGGGAAGUAGAUGUUGCACUUCAUGCAGCAGAUGGACACACUUCAGCAGGGGAAGAAAUUGUGAGAACAGUCUCCAUCGUGCGUUCUCCAAUAAACACAAUGUCCACGCAGGAGGUAGAAGAAGAAGAUGUGUUCCAUGACUGGACAAUGACAGAACAAAAACGGGAACGAGGGUUCGAAGACUCUUCUUUACUGAUCGAUUUCGAAUAUGACAUUGAAGAAACAAGAGUGAGGAAUAAUGAAAAAAAUGCGAGGGCGCCUAACUAUAAGGUGGAAGUGAGUGGCAGCGAUGUGAGCAGCGACGAGGAGGGUGAGGAAUAUGAUGCCUACUGGGAUAUGGAAGCAGGGGGGGGACAAGCGUCAAAACGGUGGGCACAUGCGAUUCUUAGGUUGACACGUGUAUUCUCUAAUCCCCAUUUACUGUUGCGUGUCGUGCUGAAGGAGGCAACACCUGAGGGCGCACUCCAGUAUGCAGCACUGACGACCAUUAUGAGAUCAUGCUCUAACGGAAGAAGAUGGUCACGUAUGGGGAAGUCAUGGUUUGUCUUGGUCAACAGAGAGGCUGUCCUUGCAACAUCACUUACGUGGAGCCUGGACCUUAGUUGCCUCCUGCACGGGGCUGUAGCCAACGGUUCUGGUUCUACAUUGCACCCGACACUAUCAACAGGAGAGGAAAUACUUUGUGCUCACACAUGGCUUGACUGCGCACCAGAGACCAUGCUGGACAGCGGUGAUACAGACAUUGGUAGUGGACAGCGUUGAAUGCAGUUGUUCGAUGCACAAGCUAUGUAUAUCAUGAUUAAUUCUACACAUCCGUCAUUGCACGGAGUAUGUACAAUAUUUUAGGUGUUCGAGCGCUCGACAACGGUGUACAUGCUCUCUCUCUCUCUCUCUCUCUCUCUCUCUCUCUCUCUCUCUCUCUCUCUCUCUCUCUCUCUCUCUCUCUCUCUCUCUCUCUCUGUGCGAGGCUACAACCUGCAAUGAGCCCCAACAGACUUCCAGGCAUAAAUGUGGGGGCCCCAAGGGGUGAUUCGAGUUGCAAUUCUGCUUUUGGUUGGAGGUCAUAACUUUUUGGCUUUCAUGUUGAUGAUGUGGAAUGCUUGUUCAAGUCUGUUAUUGCUCAAAGUAUACAGUGUGUGUGUGCGUGUGUUGUUAAAGAUCUUUUAUUACUGUUCCUUUCAAUGACAACAGAAAAAUAUUUUUCUUUUAUAAAUGUUUCAACAAAUCCGCACUUAUUCUUUUAUAAAUAUUUUUAUUUUAUAAAUGUUCCAAUAAAGCUGCACUUUAAUA